AGGUCCCCGCGGGCAGCCCGUCGCCCAUGGCAACCCGAGAAGCCGUGGCGGGGCCCGGGGCGGGUCGGGGUCAGGGUCCAAGGGCCGCCCCGGCGCCAUGGCCGCGGAGGUUGUGGUGGUGGGAUCCUGUAUGACCGACCUGGUCAGCCUUACUACACGAUUGCCAAAAGCUGGAGAAACUAUCAUUGGACAUAAGUUUUUUGUUGGUUUUGGUGGGAAAGGAGCCAACCAAUGUGUCCAGUCUGCUCGACUUGGGGCCAAGACCUCGCUGAUCUGCAAGGUUGGGAGUGAUUCCUUUGGCAAUGAUUAUGUUGAUAAUUUGAAGAAGAAUGGUAUUUCUACAGCAUUUGUAGGUCAAACUACAGAUGCUGCUACUGGAACUGCUUCAAUAAUUGUCAACAGUGAAGGACAGAAUGUUAUUGUCAUAGUCCAAGGAGCCAACCUGCUUUUAAAUUUUGAAGACCUGAAGAGGGCUUCUGAUGUCAUCUGUAAUGCCAAAGUGGUUGUUUGCCAGCUAGAAAUAACCCCUGCUGUUUCUCUUGAAGCUCUGAAAAUGGCACGUGCCAGUGGAGUAAAGACGUUGUUUAAUCCAGCUCCAGCCCUUGCUGACCUAGAUCCACAGUUUUAUACCUAUUCUGAUAUCUUCUGCUGCAAUGAAACUGAGGCAGAAAUUUUAACGGGCAUCCCAGUUGGCAACCUUGAAGAUGCUGAAAAGGUGGGACGCAUGCUGUUAGAAAGAGGGUGUAAGCUCGUAAUUGUUACUCUUGGAGCAGAAGGCUGCAUGAUGAUAUCAGGAGACGAACCCAUUCCAAAGCACGUUCCUGCUGGGAAGGUCAGGGCUGUGGACACUACGGGUGCUGGAGACAGUUUUGUGGGAGCACUGGCAUUCUACCUGGCCUACUAUCCCAAGUUAUCCAUGGAGGAAAUGAUCAGGAAGUCUAACUGCGUUGCAUCAGUGAGCGUCCAGGCACCGGGGACACAGUCUUCAUAUCCUUACAGGAAGGACUUGCCUCAGGACCUUUUCUAAUUGAUUGUCUAGCUUGUUGUACUGAUUUUAUCUCAUACCAGACAGCAUUAUUCUCCUGACUGCACUGAGGUUCUCCUCUGCUGACUGGAAAGGCCAGCAGAGUCUCUUUGCUUCUUAUUUCAGGAAUCCAGUGUGUUCCUGUUCUACAGCAGUAAGAUGGGGUGUGGGUGGUGGGUCUUUCAAACAGAGCUCAGCAGGUCUCUCUGGCCCCACACAACCCUGUGGCUGUCCCACACAGUGUGCUCUACUGAACUACAUGAAGUUUAUAGCAAAACACCUGGAGGGUAUUGGGCUCCUGACAAUAUUUGUACUUGAUUUUAUCAGAACUGCUUAUGUGAAAUGGCAGCACAUGAAGCAGAGCAUUAGCUUUGAGACUACAACUUUCAGUGCUCAAACACCAGGGCCAGUGUUUGGCUCACAACAAAGCCCUGUAUAUCAAGCCUGGGGCCACCUGUGCCCACGUGCCUCAGGUGUGGCACUGCACUCUCUGCUUCCCCACACUCAGGAAGGUCCCUUCAGCUGCAAAUAGGACAGGACUGCUACUGAGGUUGACUUUGAAAAAUGUUUCUAGCCACAUUGCUCUGAACACAGGCAAGCUAAUUAAGGAAAAAAAGCUUACAAGAACAUCAGAGAACUACCUUGUCUGUUUUCUUCAUGUUUGACAAAAACCCAGGAAUGAAAAAUCCAUCCUAUUAACCUGGCUGAAAAUAAUACAGGCCUUUAACCAUGUUAAUAGCUUAUUCAAAAACUCAUUUAGGUUCCAAUUCCUUCUUUCCUCAGAAGGAGCUGGUGCAACAUUACCCCUACAAGUAAUGACACCAGCUCAUGGUCACUACUGUCGCAUCUGUGGCUGGUAGGUUAGAAAAACUUGCAAUACUGCCAUUGAAUUCCUGCUGUGGAAAAUGUUAAUUUUUAUUGCUUUAUAAAACAAUAGUUCCUUUGAAGAUUACAGCCUCUUUCACAAUAGAAAACACAGACAAUGGGAUUUGCUAUUUAAUUUUUUUUAAUUGAGCACUGUAAAAAUAACUCAAAAGAUAAAUAAAUGUUACUGUGAUGAUCUA